AUGACCGACGAAACACCCUCUCAGACCGCCAAGUCCGCCGAGGACCGCAAAGCAGCCUCCGCUCUCGAGAACCUCGACGCCGCAGACUCACCCUCGACACCACAAAACGUCGACGCCGACGCUGCCACCAAAGCCAUAAAGAGCCUCGGCGGCGCAAACAAGGCUUCUGCUGCUGCCGCUUCCCAUAAGAACGUCAAGGUCGACGCUGCUGAUGUCGCACUCCUCGUCGAUGAGCUUGAGCUGCCAAAGGCAAAGGCGACCGAGUUGCUCAAGAGUAAUGAGGGUGAUGCUGUUAAGGCCAUGAGGUCGUUUAUCAAGGCAUGA